CAAGUAAUGAAGAGAUAUCAACAUCCGAACAUCUCUUCGUCGUUGAAUGUGUCGUGGAGAAGAGACUGCCUCGAUAGCUGGAUCUCCAGAUCAUCCCCAGUUGCAUGUCCAUUUAUACCCUCAAUUUCCUCGCCCGCGCCAAUAUUGGAAAUGCAAAAAUCCUUAAUGCCGACAGCGGUGACUCAUUGUUGGAGGUCCUUGACAUGACAAGUGGCCAGUUCUCCACUGUGCUGACAGUGUUUUUCAUUUCUUAUGCACUGUUCGAGACGCCGUCGAAUUACAUGCUCAAGCAUUUCUCUCCUCCGCAUUGGUUUGCGUUCCUCAUGGUCGGGUGGGGCGGAACGGAUAUGAUCAUCUCGUGCGUCAAGAGCUACAGUGCGCUGAUGGGACUUCGGUUUCUGCUUGGAGCAUUUGAAGCAGGGUUCUAUCCGGGAAUAAUCUACUUUCUCACCUUCUGGUACCGACCGCAAGAGCAUGCUCUUCCUCUCUCUCAUCUCCUCCCGUGCAUCACUCACUAGUGCUUUCAGAGGUAGCAUAGCGUAGCGUGUUGACCUCAUUCAUGACUCGAAAGGCUUGGAAACGUGGCGGUGAUUAUUCAUCAUUGAGGGUGCAUCAUCAUUUGCUCUGGUGGUGGCGGCAUACUGCUUCUUUCCUGCACAUCCCCAGAUGGCUCCUUUGCUAUCUG